AUGUGGCGCAAGCUGUUCAACGGCGAAGAAGAAGAAUUGCCCACCCGAAAACCGUACAGUGAACUAACAGUGAAAAAAGAAGAAGAGGAAGCAGAAAAAGAAACAGUGAAAGAAGAAUCAGUGAUAGAAGAAAGUGAACAUUCGGAAACAAUCAUGUCCAAAGAAGAAAAUUUGGUCCAUAAGCGCGGCCUGGUGCGGGCAAAAGUUACCCGCAUCCGAAAUAGUUUGAAGAAGAUGGAAGAUGACCAACAGCAGGCAUCAUUGCCUCUGAUUCGAGUUUUUGCCAAAAGCCUGGACAUGCAUUACAGUGAGUACAACCUAGUGCAGGACGAGAUUCUUAGUGUAUGUGCACCGGCAGUAAGGGGAGUGCACGAAGAAAAGUACGAGGAGUUCGAAGAGUUAUACAACGAAACCAGCCUCAUGAUCGAACGAUUGAAGGAUGCGUUGGCCCCUUGGCCCAUGCAGGCCGUUGUUCCAGCCGGCCAGCAGUUGCAGGGAGCCGAACCGCCGCAGGUGAUCGUGCAGCAGCAAGCGUUUCGGGCACCGCUUCCCACAUUUGAUGGGAAGUAUGAGAACUGGCCGCGAUUUAAAACAAUGUUUCAAGAUCUCAUGCGCCGUUCGACAGAUUGCGAUGCCAUCAAACUCUACCACUUAGAGAAAUCCCUGGUCGGUAGUGCUGCUGGAGUAGUCGAUUCCCAGACGCUCCAGGAUAAUAAUUAUAAUCAAGCCUGGCAAAUCCUCAUGGACAGAUAUGAAAACGAGCGACUGAUCAUCGACAACCACAUCCGGGGGUUGCUUAACCUCAAGAAAAUGACGAAGAAGUCAUCGAAAGAGCUCCGAGAGUUGGUCGACGAUUGCAGCCGUCAUGUCGAGAAUUUGAAGUUCAUGAAACAGGAGCUUCUGGGAGUGUCAGAACUAUUUGUCGUCAACAUUUUAACAGCAGCGCUCGACAAGGAAACGCGUGAACAUUGGGAAUCCUCUCUGACCCAUGGUGAACUUCCCAAGUAUGACGACACGAUUGAAUGCCUCAAACAACGAUGCCUCGUCCUCGAGAGGUGUGAAACAGCGAGUUCAUCAGCAGCUGAGAAGCCUGCAACCAGCUUCAAGGUAGGUGCCCUUCCCAAAUCGAUAGCACGUUCUUCCAACGCCGUCACAUCACAAAACGAAAUUAUUUGCGAGUUGUGCAACGGUCCGCAUCCCAACUUCAAGUGUACGAUGUUCCGCAAUCUGACCGUUGCUGAACGCAUCGCCAAGGCACGCGAAGCAAAUAUUUGCUUCAAUUGUCUUAGGAAGGGCCACCGAUGCAGCAACUGCCAGUCCGAGAGAACCUGCUCGAAGUGUUCCGCAAGACACCACACGAUGCUUCACCCGCAAGAACCAUCAGCGACCUCGGAACAGCCGACACCGGCAGAUCCGUCGCAAGCCAACGUGAACAGUACCAGUGUUCCAGCUCCGAUACCAACCGAAACAACGACAAGCUCCAACGCAUUGGUUAAUCAUGUUUCCCAAACCAAAGCCUUUCCCGCCGUAAAAGAGGUUUUGCUGCUAACGGCGAGAGUCAACCUUCUGGACGAUCAAGGUCGUUCUCAUUCUUGCCGUGCUCUCCUGGAUUGCGCGUCCCAAGUGUGCCUGAUUUCCCAGGCCAUGGUCAAUAAGCUGGGUAAGAAAACGUGGCCAACCAACACUGAGGUCUUUGGUGUUACCGGCCGUCGGGCCACCACUCAAGGGAUGGUUGUGACUGUCACGUCCAACUACGGUAAGUUCAGCUUGAAUAUUCCUUGUCUUGUUAUGCCCCAUGUGAGCGGCACCAUUCCAACGAGAUCGAUCGACACUAAGCUGUGGCGUUUGCCAGCCGACGUGGUGUUGGCUGACCCGGAGUUCUUCGUUCCAAGCAGUGUAGAUCUCCUGAUCGGCAACCAGUUUUUCUUCUCCCUCUUGAAAUCUGGCCAACUUAGGCGGCACUAUGUCAGCGCCGUUAAAAUCGACGAUGAACAUCCUCUUCUGCAAGAAACCGUGUUCGGCUGGGUGGUUUCCGGACCAGUUGAUGUCAGCCCCAAUCCAAUUGCUUUCUCCCACGCCGUUACUACCAAGGAGUUAGACGAAUUGAUACAGAAAUUCUGGGCGAUCGAAGAGGUCGCUGAAGCUUCACCGCAUACAGUAGAGGAACAGCAGAUUGAGGCCCAUUUCGCGGCCACUCACCACCGAGACAUGUCUGGUCGAUUUGUUGUGCAGCUACCGUUUCGAGAAUCCCUUGCCGAUCUCGGUAACAACAGAGCAUUGGCACUAAAGCGGUUCUACAUGCUGGAAAAGCGAUUGGAAGGCGAUAUCCAGUUGAAGCAGGAGUAUGUAAAAUUCAUCACUGAGUACGAGGCUCUCGGGCAUUGCCAGGAGGUGGACGAAAGGUGUGAUCCAGUUGGGCAGCAGUGCUAUUAUUUGCCGCACCAUGCGGUGUUCAAGCCAUCGAGUUCAUCAACAAAGCUCCGAGUAGUGUUUGAUGCUACUGCCAGGUCAUCGAAGGGUGCCUCAUUGAAUGACGUACUCCAGGUCGGCCCAACCAUCCAGCGUGACUGUUUCGGCAUCUUACUGGGCUUCAGAAUGCACCGCAUUGCAAUCAGCGGUGAUCUCUCAAAAAUGUACCGCCAAAUUAGAGUUGAUCCUCGCGAUACUCGAUUCCAACGCAUCUUCUGGCGUAACAAUCCGACCGAUUCGAUACGCGUCCUGGAGCUGGCUACCGUCACAUAUGGCACCGCAUCGGCUCCAUUUCUGGCUACCAGGUCGCUGGUGCAGCUCGCUGAGGACGAACAAUCCGAUUUCCCUGAAGCAGCGGAGGUGGUUCGUUCUGACUUCUACAUCGAUGACGCCUUAACCGGGGCAGACACCGAAGCCGAAGCCAUCCAUUUGAGAGAAGACCUGCAGAAGUUGCUCGCCAGGGGAGGAUUUGACAUCAGGAAGUGGUGUUCGAACUCGGCAGCGGUUUUGGAAGGCAUACCUGAGGAAGAAAGGGAGAAGUUAGUCAAGAUCGAUAAUUCCAACGACGCUGUGAAAACUCUCGGUAUGCUGUGGGAUCCGUUCAACGACGAGUUCCGAUUCUCUGCUGAUAUAUUCGAUGAAGACACCACAAAACCUAUAACGAAGCAGUUUGUCCUGUCGCAGAUAUCCAAGCUGUUUGAUCCGAUAGGUUUCGUUGCUCCAGUGAUUGUGUUGUUCAAGAUUUUGAUGCAGAGCACAUGGGAGAGAAAGCUGGCAUGGACUGAACCUCUUCCUGACGAUAUGCGGAAACAGUGGCUCCAUCUACGCGAUUCGCUGAAUGGAUUGGAUUCAAUCAAAAUUCCGAGGUGUGUGAUCCCUGUCAACGUCGCAUGGUUCGAGAUCCAUGGAUUUGCGGACGCUUCAAAGAGUGCUUAUGGAGCAUGCCUCUACCUCCGAUCGGUCAAGACCGAUUCUAGCAUUGACUGUCAACUGUUGUGCAGCAAGUCACGAGUAGCGCCGCUCUCUGAGAUGACCAUUCCCAAAUUAGAAUUGUGUGCAGCACUACUUCUUUCUCGUUUGGUUUUGAAGGUGAUUCCAUCGUUGAAGGUACCGAUUCGUCGAAUAGUUCUGUAUUCUGAUAGCCAGAUUGUACUAUCCUGGCUGAAAAAAUCUCCUGGCCAACUACAAAUUUUUGUUCGAAACCGAAUCGUCGAGAUCAACCAAACUACAGCGGACUUCACUUGGGAGUACGUCCGCUCAGAGGAUAAUCCAGCCGACAUCGUUUCAAGAGGCCUGUUUCCAUUGGCUUUGAGCGGGAACCAGCUGUGGUGGAAAGGAUGCCGAGAUCUGCUACAGUCUGACCACCAACCUGCCACCUUCGAAGAUAUCCCUGAUGAAGAGCUGCCAGAGAUGAGAAUAGUAGCGGUCGUCAACUUGGCGACGAUCGAAAUCCUACCAGUCUUCAGCACAUACAGUUCUUUCCGUAAGCUACAAAGGGUUGUAGCGUAUGUUCUCCGAUUCAUUCGAAACUGCAGAUCGAAGAAACUUCAGGAUCAACGUUCGCAGCAGUUAACCGUUCCCGAAAUGCAAGCGUCACUGGAAAGAAUUGUACUGGUUAUUCAGCGUAUGGAGUUUCCCGACGAAAUACAACGUGUACUCUCCGGCGAGCCAUCCAAGAGACUUGCUCCACUCUGCCCUAUCGUCGAAAAUGGUAUCUUACGUGUAGGGGGACGAUUGCAGAAUUCAACCCUUCCAUUUGACGCUCGACACCAAAUGAUACUUCCGAACCAUCAUCCAAUCACCGAACGAAUCAUCCGUACGCUGCAUGAAGAGAAUCGACAUGUUGGACCCGCCGGUCUAUUGGCUAUCGUCCGACAGAAGUUUUGGAUACUAAAUGGCCGCUCAACCGUCCGAAAGGUUACGCGUUCCUGCAUCCCAUGCUACCGAACGCAGCCCCGAAAGAUCCACCAGCUGAUGGGAAACCUGCCUGAUUUUCGAGUGACUCCGGCGAUGGCGUUCGAAUAUUCUGGAGUGGAUUACGCAGGGCCUGUAAUGGUAAAGGAAGGACGAUAUCGCCCCAAGAUUAUCAAGGGAUACAUAGCCGUCUUUGUAUGUCUUGUGACGAAGAACGUACACUUGGAGCUGGUGUCCAGUCUGACAACCGAGGCGUUCUUAGCAGCUCUUGACCGUUUCGUGAGUCGUCGUGGAUUGGCCAAAAUGAUCCUCUCCGAUAACGCCACCAACUUUAGUGGUGCCUCCAAUGAAUUACACGAGCUCUACAGGCAGUUCCAGAAUGAAGUGACGCACAACAGGAUCAACGAUUUUCUGCUUCCACGUGAGAUCGAAUGGCGAUUCAUUCCACCAAGGGCCCCGAACUUCGCUGGUUUGAUGGAAGCUGCAGUAAAAAGUGUGAAAACUCACCUCAAGCGUACGCUGCAGAAUGCCACCCUGACUUUUGAGGAGUUCGCCACAGUCCUUUGUCAUAUAGAAUCCAUCCUCAACUCACGUCCUCUCUACGCUUUGUCCUCCGAUCCAAACGAUCCUAUGCCGAUCACACCAGCUCAUCUCCAGUUGGGGCGUGUUACCGAGCCAGUUCCAAAACCAUCGUAUUUGGACAACAAGGAGAACCGAUUGUCAAGGUGGCAAUACCUCAACCUGCUUCGAGACCGGUUCUGGCAGUCCUGGUCGAAGGAAUACCUAUCCACCUUACAAGCCCGAGGAAAGUGGACGAAGACGGCGCCGAAUAUUGUUCCAGGAAUGGUGGUACUAAUCAUCGAGGAUAACGUGCCCCCGCAAUGCUGGAAAUAUGGUAAAAUCGUUAAGACCUACCCCGGAAGCGAUUCUCUUGUACGAGUCGCUGAUGUAAAGUCUGCAACCGGAAUCUUCAAACGCUCAAUUUCGAAGCUUGCACUGCUGCCCACCAAGGAUAAUGAGAACCUGCAGCGUGAUAGCGAGAUUCCCAGUGCUUCAUCCGAUGUUCCAGAUUACCUUGUUGCUUGA